AUGAACGACCUACAAAUAACCCCCUUCAUAAAAGCCCUCCCAAAAGUCGAACUUCACAUCCACAUAGAAGGAACCCUAACGCCAACCCUCCGCUGGACCCUAGCAGCCCGCAACAAAAUUCCCCUCCCCUACAAAACCCUCUCGGACCUCAAAGCCUCUUACGCCAUAACCCUCAACCACCGCCCCGAACUAAACGGCCGCCAACCAGGCAUCCCAACCUUCCUAGAAGCCUAUUUUGCAGGAUGCGAAGUCCUCCGCACAGAGGCUGAUUUCUACGAUCUAGCCAUGGCCUAUCUACACCGCUGCGCAGAAAUGAACGUCCGCUAUACAGAGCCGUUCUUCGAUAUCCAGGCGCAUACGCGGCGCGGCGUUCCCGCGUCUGCUGUUCUGGAUGGGUAUCUACGCGCUCAGCAUGAUGCCGUAGUGAAUGACGACCCGACGUUGAUGCAUGAUGUUUGGAUUGAUGGUAAUUUGCAGAAGGUUUAUAGUUAUUGUGGAUUUGGGAAGAGGGAGAUGGUGCAGCUUGUUAGGAAUGCUGUUGAUAUGUGUUGGGCUGGGGGUGAUGUUAAGAAGGCGAUUCAUUUGGAGUUGGAUGGUGUUGAUGUUUCUGAGUGA